GGUGCCCACAGAGCCCAGAAGAGGGCAUCAGAUUUCUAGAACUGGAGUUAUAGACAGUUGUGAGCUGCCAUGUGGGUGCUGGGAAUUGAACCCAGGUCAUUGGAAGAGCUGUCAGUGGUCUUAACUGUUGAAUCAACUCCCCAGCCCUGGUAUAGUUAUUUGAAUGUGGGGCUUCCUGAGUCAAUGUCCUAAAAUUUUCAUAGUUGCUGUUUUAUUUUUCAUCUCCUGGGAGAUUUCCUCAGCUGUAUUUUCUCUCUUCUCACUCCUCCCCUGCCUCCUUUCUGUAUUGGGUCAAACCCGGGGUCACUCUGUUAAUGAGCUAUAUUUCCAUCUUCAAUCAUGCUUUCAAAUAUUUUUUUUCUUUUCUGCUUUCCAUUUCGAAAGUCUUAAGAGCUCUUUUGUCUGACUAUCCCAUUGUUUUGCUGCCUUUCCAAUUAAAAGACUUUCCCAAAUUCUUGGCUGACUGCUUUUUAAGACUGGGUGUUGGAAAGAGAGUGUAUGCUUGUUCUUUUCAAUAUACUGUGAUCAGGCUGGUACACUCAGGUACACUGAGAAGUCAUUGAUACUGCCCUUACGUUUCCUUUUCUUCCAUAUGUAAGAUUCAAGGUUUGUAUGUGCUCUUACUCAAGGAUAUUGGCCAGGCUAGGCUGUCUGUCACCUUUCUGGAGCCUAGUAGGAAAAGAAAGCUUAUGGGUCCAACUCCAAGUACAUAUACUUAAACUGAAUUGCUGUUUUUAGUAGGAUAGCCACACCUUUGACUGUGCUUACUCUACAAGCCACCUUCCAUUUAUUUACUCUCAAAUCUUAACUACCAGCUUUGGGGGAGAGCUGUUCCUUGGUUACACAGAGGAAGAGUGUAGAGGUCUCUGCUUCAUAGGUAGUCUUGGGACUGCCCCACUUUGACCUCCAUAUUUAGAGUUACCUGAUAUCGUUUCAACUUGAGUCUUCUGGGUUUCCCAUAAUGCAGUUCAAGUCACUUUUCUGUACUUUGGGAUUAAUCUUUAUUUUGUACUUGUUACCUUUUAUCUGCAGUAGGUUUUCACUUUUCCAAAAUUUCCUGAAGCUCAGAAAGGAAUAGAGGCUAUUGCUUAUGCCCCACUCCCUUUAAAAAACUUAUGUAGCCCUUAUGUGGCUUCAAGCUUAGUGUGUAGCUAAGGAUGGCUUUGAAUUCCUGAUCCUCCUGCAUCUGCCCCCAAGGUGCUGUGAUUAUAGGCAAGUGUUAUGAAACCUCUCUUCUUACUACUAUUCCUUUAUAACUAUUUUUAGGAAGUUUUAUCAUGGUUUUGGUGUGUGUGUGUGUAAAUCUGUUUACUCUUGUGGCAAUUUUCUUUUAAUCUGUUUAGACACAUUAAGUUUAUUGAGGCAGUAUUUCAUUUAGCCCAGGUUGACCUUGAAUUUUCUAUAUGGCCAGUGUGAUCCUGAACUGAUCUCCUGCCUCUACCUCCUUGGUGGCUGGUAUAAGGUCAGAUACAUAUAUAAAAGCACACAUAUGCACACCUAAGAGCGCUGAUACUCUGCCUGAAUCUAUUUUUUCCAGGUGAUGACAUUCCAUUCAGGAAUAUAGGAAACUCAUGGGUCUUUAUUUUCUUUAAUUUCAGAACACAGGAAAUUAUAAAGAAAUGGGAAAGAUCUAAAAACUUGUUUUCAUCAUAUGAAUCCUAUAAUGUCAUGGUUUAAAACUUCAUAUAUAAACAUUUGUAGGUGUUUCACCUUUUCACUUUUGAUAGGUUUUGUAGAGAUGGAGCUGUGUAGCUCAGUGGCAAAGCAAGCACAAGUUUGUUUGUACUCAAGUCCUUUCCCUGAGAAUUGACAUUUCUCACUUUAUUCUGACUUUCUGCAUGCUUGGCAAGUACUACACCAUUAUGCCACAUGUCUAGCCCAGUUACUCUAAUAUUUGUUACUCUACCCACCUCCUUUUUUAAGACAGGGUCAUAUUUUUUGACUCAGGCUGACAAACCUGAAGCAGUUCCCCUGCUUCAGCCUCCUUUGGCUGAGAUUACAGGCGAGUCACCACCACGUUUAGCUUGCUGGUUUUUUGUUUGAAAGAGCAUCUGAGUAUCUCUUGCCAGCUCUAGUGUGUGGUAUUAUAGGUGUGGGCCACUAUAUUCGUUUAAAAAUUAGAAAGCUAAUGAGCUAGGCAAAUGGUCUUCCUGCAAACAGGUUAGGCUGAACUAGUUUUGGAGCCUGCGCAGGCAAAAUUGGUGAUCCUGACUGGACUGUAAACAAAUACUAUUUUCGACCUGCCCCCUUGUACCCGACAUUGUGUGGUCACAUUUAACACUAUUUCGUUUUUUUGAGAUUAACCCUGCAUAACCCGGGCUGGCCUUGAACUCGCUAAUUUCUUGCAUACGCCUUCCAAAUUCUACGUUUACAAUAUACAUCACCACACCUGGCUUUCCUCCCUCCGUCCCCCCAGGAUCAAUUCUAACAGCAGUUGCUAGCUUCUAAGCUCGAAUACUAAGGGUGCCACAGUCUAGCGUUUACAGAGCACUUUGUAGCGCUCAGUUUGAGCCUCACAAGCCCUUCCUAGCAGGAGCGCCGGGGGCACGAGCUGGUCGGUUUACGUAGUUAACGGUGCAGCCCUUGCAGGCUCAGAGCAGCAAGGAAUCCAGUGCUUGCCCUGGCCCAACUGACGCUCGGUCUGGAUGGAGGCUUCGGCGCCUCUCUGGAGCAACGUGAGGCGUCUAGCGGGGCACACACCCGAUGCCGUCCCACUCUGGGACUCACAGAUCAAUUCUCACCAAGGAGGUCGUCAAUACCAAAUCCCGUCUGCGGGUCUCUCCCAUCAGAACUCCAGCCUGGCUGGGCAGGGUCAGCGCUAGGAGGAGGAGCCCCUUCCGGGUCAGUCGGCUGAAGUUAUUAUCAGCCUGGGAUAGGACAACACGCGCCGGCCCGCUUUACGGCAAAGGUGUGCGCGUUUGCGACAGCAUGACGCAAGUAAGUUUUGGCGGGAAAAGCUCUGCAUUUGGAUUCCUGUGGCAGCUGGCAAAGGACUGCUUGGUGAGAGGGGCGUCCCGAACGGUGGGACAGGACUCCAGCGAAGGACUCAGAGGUCUUGAUUAGUGCGGACGGACACGCCGCUGCGCUUGAAGUCAUGGCAGUGCCUUUUGUGGAAGACUGGGACUUGGUGCAAACUCUGGGAGAAGGUGCCUAUGGAGAAGUUCAACUUGCUGUGAAUAGAAUAACUGAAGAAGCUGUUGCCGUGAAAAUUGUAGACAUGAAGCGGGCCAUAGACUGUCCAGAAAAUAUUAAGAAAGAGAUCUGCAUCAAUAAAAUGUUAAAUCAUGAGAAUGUAGUGAAAUUCUAUGGCCACCGGAGGGAAGGCAAUAUCCAGUAUCUAUUUCUGGAGUACUGUAGCGGAGGAGAGCUUUUUGAUAGAAUAGAACCAGACAUAGGCAUGCCUGAACAAGAUGCUCAGAGGUUCUUCCAUCAACUCAUGGCAGGAGUGGUUUAUCUGCAUGGAAUUGGAAUAACUCACAGGGAUAUUAAACCAGAAAACCUCCUCUUAGAUGAAAGGGAUAACCUCAAAAUCUCUGACUUUGGCUUGGCGACAGUGUUUCGGCAUAAUAAUCGUGAACGCUUACUAAACAAGAUGUGUGGUACUUUACCUUAUGUUGCUCCAGAGCUUCUAAAGAGAAAAGAAUUUCAUGCAGAACCAGUUGAUGUUUGGUCCUGUGGAAUAGUACUUACUGCAAUGUUGGCUGGAGAGCUGCCGUGGGACCAGCCCAGUGACAGCUGUCAAGAAUAUUCUGAUUGGAAAGAAAAAAAAACCUAUCUCAACCCUUGGAAAAAAAUUGAUUCUGCUCCUCUGGCUUUGCUUCAUAAAAUUCUAGUUGAGAAUCCAUCAGCAAGGAUUACCAUCCCAGACAUUAAAAAAGAUAGAUGGUACAACAAACCAUUUAACAGAGGUGCAAAGAGGCCCCGAGCCACUUCAGGUGGUCUGUCAGAGUCUUCUAGUGGAUUCUCUAAGCACAUUCAUUCCAAUUUGGACUUUUCUCCAGUAAAUAGUGCUUCCAGUGAAGAAAAUGUGAAGUUCUCUAGUUCCCAGCCAGAGCCACGGACAGGGCUUUCCUUGUGGGACACUGGUUCCUCCUAUGUUGACAAACUGGUACAAGGCAUCAGCUUUUCACAGCCUACGUGUCCUGAUCACAUGCUUGUAAACAGUCAGUUACUUGGGACUCCUGGGUCCUCACAGAACCCCUGGCAGCGCUUGGUCAAAAGAAUGACACGCUUCUUCACCAAAUUGGAUGCAGACAAAUCUUACCAGUGCCUGAAAGAGACCUUCGAGAAGUUGGGUUAUCAGUGGAAGAAGAGUUGUAUGAACCAGGUCACUGUAUCAACAACUGAUAGAAGAAACAAUAAGUUGAUUUUCAAAAUAAAUUUUGUAGAAAUGGAUGAGAAGAUACUGGUUGACUUCCGGCUUUCUAAGGGCGAUGGAUUAGAGUUCAAGAGACACUUCCUGAAGAUUAAAGGGAAGCUGAGUGAUGUUGUGAGCAGCCAGAAGGUUUGGUUUCCUGUUACAUGAUGAAGCUGUCAACUCUGGCGAUUCCUGGUGAUUAUAGUGCUGCUAUGUUGACAUUAUUCUUCCUAGAGAAGAUUAUCCUGUUCUGCAAACUGCAAACAAUAGUUUUUGAAGAGUUCUCUUCCUAUUAUCCAAAAACCUUCCAAUUCUGAGUAUGUUUUACAUACAAAUAAUACUGUAUCUUAAUUGUAUGUAAUACUUUGGGGAAAGGAUGGAUCAAAUUCAUUAGGUAUUUCUCCAGCUGUGUUUAAAUGGUCUGAAUUUGAAAUCUAUCUGGUAGAAACCAACUUUUGGGAUGCAUGAGUUUGCAAGCUUUUAUACCAAUAUAGUAUGACUUCUGUAAAAAAACAAGAAAAUGAGAGCAUUUUGCUUCGUUCUAAGAAAACAUGUUUCUUUUGUGCUAUUUAAUUGUUAAGGAUGAAUAAACAGAGACCAUGUACAGUUGAUUGAUCCAUGAAGCGAGCCCGCUACAAAGAGUGCAUCCCAGGAUAUGUGCUGUAUUUUCACUUUGGGUGUGUGCGCUGCACAAGGGCUUGACCAGUUCUAGAAAACUGUUGUUGAGUUAUAAUGAUUAAAAUUACAAGCUUUUUCCCCCUGGUGUAGCUAGUCAAGUAUAAAGUACUGGUUGGUCUUUGAAGAAGUUGAACAUAAGCUCUAGUGCUUAUCUUACUUUAAAUUAAACACUUGAAUAACUUUUUUUACAUUCACAGUCAUAUUUUAACUCUAGAAAUAAAUUCUAUUUUUAAAAUCAA